UUAUGUAAACGCCUUGUGAAUAAUCUGCAUUACAUUUAACGAUUCUUACUAUGCAAAAUCCUUAGGAUUUCUCCAUUAACUAGGCCUCAACGAAUAAUGAUUCUAACUGUUAUCAUGUCCUUCAAAGCAUAGUGCACACAUCAUAAUCUAUAUAUAUAUACAUACGAAGAAGCUACGUGCACAGAGCAAUAAGAAAAAAUGGCAGAAAGAGAAGCAGAAGGAGCUGUGGUGAGAAAAGGUCAAGAAGGCCUGAAAUUAGCAAUCUCACUAUACGAAGAAUUUGGACUUCCACUUGGGCUAUUGCCUCUCGAGGAUGUGAUUGAAGUGGGGUUCGUACGGAGCAAUGGAUACAUGUGGAUCCUCCAAGAAAAGAAAGUCGUUCACAAGUUCAAGAUGAUAGGCAAGCUUGUAAGCUAUGAUACUGAGAUCACUUGUUACAUUGAGAACAAGAGAAUCAAGAAGCUGAAAGGAGUGAAGGCAAGAGAGCUCUUCAUAUGGACGCCAUGCGGUGAAAUCUUUGUCGAUGACCCUGCUAGUGGGAAAACUCGUUUCAAGGCCAUCGGUGGCCUUACCGUAGCAUUUCCUGCGGAGGCUUUCGCCCUUGGUCAGUAAUUGGAUAAUAAUAUAAAUAAUUAUUGAAU